AGAGGUCAUGCUUUGGCUUCCUGGUAGUCAUAAAACUGCAACUUACAGAUAAAGAAAAUACAAGGUCUUGGCACGGGGGAUAAAUAAACUGCCCGUAAACACACAAAAAUUAACAAAAAUAAUUCAAUUUUAUCCACAUAGAAAUUCAGGCUGCUGUUAAUUUUGCACGUUUUUGCUCUGAUUCCAGCGAAGAGCUGCGUUCGCGUAGGCGGCGUUUGAGGAGACAACGGACUCGCUUCUGCGUUCGGGUUUGAAGACUAAACCCGAGUUUCCUAUUUAUAACGAGGCCGGAGAAAAUCUUUUUUGCUGCCGCACUGAAAGGUCAAUGAAGGAGUUGGCUUGAAAAUAUCUGUAGAUGUUUUUGGACAUGCGCAGAUGGGAGAUGCCAUAUUGGAACGGGGGCAGCAGCUGAAAGACGUCGCUCGCGUUGCUUUGCUCCAGGAGAAGAGAGGAGGGGAGGAAAAAAACAGAAAGCAGAGGGGGUCUGGAGAAGGAGAAGCGACAAGAGGAGAGAGGAGAGGAAAAAAAAACUUGGACAGGGCUGUCGAAGAAAACGAGAGAUGCAGUGAGGGAGAAGGAGAAGGAGAAGAAGAAGAAGAAGAAGUGAGGGGUCAAAGGUCAACAGGAAGUGGAAGGUGCAGGAUGCAGUCUCGUCCUCAGGAGCAGCCGCUGGCCCUCACUACAGGGAAACUACACUAUCCAACCAAUGGGAAAGAAGAGGAGGUGAACACAGAUGCUGAGUCUAUGGAGGAAGAGGCAGAGUUUAACUGGGAGGAGUACAUGGAGGAGACGGGGGCCGACGCCGCCCCCCACACCACCUUCAAACAUGUGGAGAUCAGCCUGCAGAGCAGCUUCCAGCCGGGCAUGAAGCUGGAAGUGGCCAAUAAGAGCAGCCCGGACACGUACUGGGUGGCCACCAUCAUCACCACAUGUGGCCAGCUGCUGCUGCUGCGCUUCAGCGGCUACGGGGAGGACCGCAAGGCCGACUUCUGGUGCGACGUCAUGACCGCCGAGCUGCACCCGGUGGGCUGGUGCGCCCAGAACAACAAGACCCUCAUGCCCCCUGAAGAUAACCUAAGAAAAGCCAUUAGAGAGAAAUACAGCGACUGGACCGAGUUCCUCAUCCAGGACCUGACCGGCUCCAGGACGGCACCGGCCAACCUGCUGGAGGGGCCUCUGCGGGGGAAGAACACGGUGGACCUCAUCGUCGAGGGCUCCGUGCUGGAGCUCCAGGACGUCUCGGACCCUUUUCUCUACUGGCCCGUGAGGGUCCUCCAGAACGUGGGAGGGAGGCUCCGCCUGCGACACGCCGGUCUCUGCGAAGACCACCAGGCUCAGGACACCUGGCUCUUCUACCUGGACGUCAGGCUCCGCCCCCUGGGCUGGGCCCUGGAAAACUGCUUCGUCUUAGAGCCGCCGACAGAGCUCAGGUCUCUAAAGAGCGCCCCCGACUGGCAGCAGGCCCUGGAGGACGCUCAGCUGGACGGACAGAAGAGUCCGCUACCGCUGGAGGUGUUCAAAGACCACGUAGACCUGCCCAAGCACUCGUUCAAGGCCGGCAUGAAGCUGGAGAUGGUUUCUCCGUGGGAGCAGCUCCAGAUCUGCCCCGUUUCUGUCACCAAGGUCUACAACGAGUUCUACUUCCAGGUCGGCCUGGACGACCUCUCUGUGGACGCGAAGCCCCGGUUUGUGGUGUGUCACGGCAGCUCCCCGGGGAUCCUGCCCGUGCAGUGGUGCCUGAAGAACGGCGUGAGCCUGGAGAGGCCCGGAGGCUACGAGGGUCAGGACUUCGACUGGGCCGACUACCUGAAACACAGCGGGACCGAGGCGGCUCCCGACGCCUGCUUUCCUGAUACAUGGCAGAGCAGAGGCUUUGCCAAGGACAUGUGGCUGGAGGCGGUGAACCCUCACCGGCCGGUGGAGGUGUGCGUGGCUCAGAUCACACAGGUCAGAGGACGCCUGCUGUGGCUCCGGCUGGAAGGUGUGGCGAAGCCGCUGUCAGAGUGCAUCGUGGAUGUCGAGUCCAUGGACAUCUUCCCUGUCGGCUGGUGCGAGGCCAACGGUUUCCCUCUGACCCCUCCACUCAAACCUGUCUGUCAGAAGCAGAAGAAAAUAGCGGUUGUCCAGCCAGAGAAACAGUUGGCUCCGUCCCAGCCCGUGGAGACGACCCCCGUCAACCACUGCCAGCCGGUUCCCAUGGAUCCAGGCUCAGCCAAUGGAAGAUACUGCUGCUCCAAGAUUUUCGUCAACCACCGCUGUUUCUCAGGACCCUACCUCAACAAGGGACGGAUCGCGGAGCUGCCUCAGGCUGUGGGACCCGGAAAAUGCACACUGGUCCUCAAAGAGCUGCUGAGCAUGCUGAUCAACGCCGCCUACAAGCCCGGCCGAGUCCUGAAGGAGCUGCAGGAGCUGGAGGAUCAGAGCUGGGACUGCCAGGAGGAGACCCUCAAAGCCAAAUACAAAGGGAAAACCUAUCGCUCCACCAUCCGCAUCGUGCGCCUGGCAGACCAGAUCCCAGACUUCUGCCAGAAGGUGUGUUCGAAGCUGCAGUGCUGCCCCAACCUCUUCAGCCCCGUCCUCGUCACCGACAAGUGCCCGAAGAACUGCUUCGUCCAAACCAAAACCAAAUACACUUAUUACUACGGGAAGAAGAGGAAGCUACCGAAGCUGGUCAGAGGAGACGAGGCGGCGGAGGGAGAGCAGGCCAAGCCCACGCGGCGCAGGAAGAAGAGGAAAGCUAUCUUUGUGCAGAAGAAGAGACGCUCGUCUGCUGUCGACUACACUCCGGCCGGUUCCCCCCAGGACAGCGACGAGGGGGAGGAGGAUGAGGAGAUGGCGCUGCAGUCGGGCAGCGAAGGCACCAGCUCUGAGCCCCGCGAGGACCAGACGGACGCCUCCUCGGUGGAGGUGACGAGCAGCCGUCCUCGGCGGGCGGCCGCGCUGCGCCGCGCCGUCAGCGCCGGGAACGCCACCGCGCUGCAGGACGUCCCCGGGGGACGCAGGAGGUCCACGCGCUCGCUGUCCGCCUUCAACCAGAACAACAACAAGUAUCAGCCGCCCAAAGGACAGGACGUCCAGGUGGAGGAGGAGGACGGUCAGCUGGUCUUGGACAGGAACCCUCUGGAGUGGAGCGUAGACGAAGUCGUCCAGUUCAUUAAUUCCACCGACUGUGCAUCUCUGGCCAACAUCUUCCAGGAGCAGGACAUCGACGGUCAGGCCCUGCUGUUGCUGACUCUGCCCACGGUCCAGGAGUGUAUGGACCUGAAGCUCGGUCCCGCCAUCAAACUGUGUCACCAGAUAGAGCGCGUCAAGGUUGCCUUCUACAGACAAUACGCCAACUGAAGGGCUGUGAACGCACCACCAUCAUCACCCCCCCGCCCUCCUUCGUCUGGAGCCCUGAGGAAACGAGCCGGAUCGGCUGCCUCCUCCUCGGGGAAAACUGUUUUUUUGGUGGAUUUUCCAAACGACAAGAAGAAACUGCUGUUUUUUGUUUUUUUUUUUUGUUGUUGUUUUUUUUUUUGGACCGGUUGCGUUUGAAAAAGCACAACGACAGGAGGACGUUCGCCUACGAGAAGCUGAAGGAUUCAUUUCACGUGAAGAUGUUUCUGCGGCAGCCACAAGAAAAAUUAAAUGUAUUCAUCCCCACACACAGAAGCGGAUCCGCAUCUGAUCCGCGAGAAAAAAUGGUUUAGGGAAGCGGAGGACUGACUUCUGAAGAGACGUUUGUUUUAUUUCUUACUUUUAUUUUCCAGUUUAUUUGAUAGAGGAGCAUCAUAGCGUUUUAAGUUAAAAAAAGAAUCUCAACUAUGAAGACUAUUCCCCGACUUGCUGUGACGUAAUUGGUCCUGAAAAUAAUUAUAUUUGAAAAGUAUUUAACGGAGCCAGAAUAAUAUAUUUGGAAUAUUUAUUGUUAUCCUUGUUGUUGAUGAGGAAGAAGUAUUUGGAUGAAGAGAAUUGAUGAGUUAUAUCUUGAAGUCAGUAUCGAGUCCUUUCUGCUGACACCAAACCCUUUAUUCAGAUUCACACACCGAGAGGUAAAAAAUAAAGAGAGACCUUGAGAGAUUGUGUUGGUGGAGAGAAUGACGCCCUCCUUGUUACAGUAAUAUUACAAUCAUGUAAGCUAUUUUGUGUCCAUCUAUGCAAUUGUGUUGCAGAUAUUUUUGAUAAGUAAGAAAAUAAAUUUCUAUUGAUUUUUA